AUGACGUCGGAGGCGGUGCCGCCCGGUGUGCUGAGCGUGCGGCUGCUGCGAGGCAUCAACCUCGUGAAGCGUGACGCCGACGGCAGCGACCCCUACGUCGUGGUCCACCUCGAGAACCAGAACCUGAAGACGAGCGUGAUAAAGAACACGGUGAACCCCGUCUGGAACGAGGAGCUCACCCUCGCCGUCACCAAUCCGGCGACGCCGAUCAAGAUAGAGGUGUUCGACAAAGACAAGCUCAGCAAGGACGACCCAAUGGGGGACGCGCAGGUGGACCUGGAGCCGCUGGUGCAGAUGGCGAGGAUGGACCUGGAGGACAUCCAUAGCGGCACCGUGGUGCGCACCGUGCGGCCUCACCGCGGCGGCACCUCCUCCGUCUGCUGCCUGGCGGACGAGAGCAACAUCGUGUGGGAGGAAGGGCAGGUGGUGCAGGACGCGCUCAUCAAGCUCAGGAACGUCGCCACCGGCAUCAUCCACCUCCAGCUCCGAUGGGUCAAAAUACCAGCCUUGUGA